AUGGCGGGGGAGGAGGAGAGGAAGCGGGUGCUGGUGGUGGGCGGCAGCGGCUACCUGGGCCAGCACCUCCUCGCGGCGUCCUCUGCCGCCGACCGCCUCGACGUCGCUUUCACCCACCACAGCCCCGCCCCGCCGCAGCCGCUCCUCGACGCGCUCCCCCUCCGUCCGCGCCUUCCGCGCCGACCUCCGCUCCGGAGACGGCCUCGAGGCGAUCUCCGCGUCCUUCGGCCAGUUUAUGAGGGGGUGAAAUCCUUCUACAAAGAAGAGGACGAGACAGUGCCGGUGAACAUGUACGGAAAAUCUAAAGUUGCUGCAGAGAAACUCAUUGUUGAGAAAUGCUCAAACUAUGCGAUCUUGAGAAGCAGCAUUAUCUAUGGGCCACAAACAAUCUCUCCUGUGGCAAAAUCCCUUCCCGUUCAGUGGAUGGAUGGUGUUCUUUCACAAGGCCAGCAGGUUGAGUUCUUCAAUGAUGAAUUCCGGUGCCCUGUCUAUGUCAAAGAUAUGGUGGACGUAAUUUUGUCAUUGACAAAAACUUGGUUAUCUGAUGGCAAAAAAGUCCAGGUCCUCCUGAAUGUUGAUGGUCCAGAUAGGGUAUCAAGACUGCAGAUGGCUGAGUCUGUUGCUGUUGUUCGUGGAUAUAACCCUAGUAUAAUCAAAUCUGUGUCUGCAUCAUCGGUUAAUCGAGGGGUAGCUUCUCCACCAGACAUAUCCAUGGACAUCACCAAGCUAACCCAGAUUCUUGGUAUCAAGCCAAUCUCUUUUCAAGAUGGAGUCAGAAGUACACUUGAUGCAGAAGCCAGUACAUGA